AGCUUAGCUGUGCUCCUGUUGUACGUAAGCUGCUGCCUUUGCCAGUUUAAAUAAAUGCAUCUUUGAUUUUGGUCAGUGUUUUCAGUCCAUCCUCUGGAGCACGUUCUGAGCCUGGUCUGUCAAAGGCCACUGAAUUUUGUCAGUGUUAGGAGUUGCAUAACUCCUUUGUGAGUAAUUACUGGCAGUGACGUGGAUGACUCAGCUCUACCUAGUUUUGUGCAUCUCUCAGAAUCUCCACAAUCGGGUGGUGUUCUGUGAAGGAGAGAAAGUAAAAUAUUGCCCUUAAUUUAAGUGCCCUCAGCCGUUGCAAUACUGUAAAGAUUUUGUGAAGAUCUUUGAGAACAAGUUGCCUUUAAAAAAAAAACAAACUAUGCACAUUAAUGCUCUUAAAGAGAAAACAAUGAGUGUCUUUAUGCAUUGAAAAGGGCUGCAAUACAGUAAUAGUGAUGGUGGGUUUGUAUACCACUUCUGAAGUUARUUUUGGAAAUCUGCUAUAGUGUUCUGAGUCUCUGAAAGGAGCCAGGAGUCUCCUUUGCAGGUUGCUCACCUUGCUUCCUGCAAGAUACCUUUGGAAAGACUUCACAAUAACCCUAAAUCCAAGGAAUGAUAUGACUUCUUUACUCAUCAUAGGUAGAAUUUUGAUAUUUAUAUAGUGCUUUACAACAUUAAGAAUAAAAUUUGAAGUAGUUGCUUUCAUCAAGUCUAAAUCUUAUCCUUUUGCAGAAUUACCUACCAUCAGAUAUGAUUUUGAGACAGKCUGCUUUGAUUCUGGAGUUAGGAUCGUUUACCCAGGCAGAAAUGAAAGAUCUCAAGUGCUUUGCUAAUUUAGUGAUCCCUAUGCUUGGGGUCAGCUUUGUGUCUUGUCAGWGCUAUAACUUGUUGGAGGCACACGUAAUUCUCCCUUGAUCUGAUAAUGGGAAGGAUCAAAAUGUUCUUUUAAAAUCGCUAAUUAUAUGUUGCUGAAGGUUUGGUAUCCUGUCUGAAUGUAUGAUUUAUUUGCCACAGGAAAGGAACUUGAUAGCUCUCCCUAGUAAUUGAUUAUGGGUUUCGGUUUUUUUAGAUUGAUUUAUCUCCCUCUUUUACUUGGUGUUUUAAAGAGUGUGAGGGAGUUACGAGGUCUCUUCCCUUUGUGGGGGGAAUUGAGGGACUGGGGYUGGCCCAGGAGUUGUGUAGGUGAGAAAUGGAUGUGUCCAGAACCCUCAAAUUCCUCAGACCUAUCUCAGGAAACACGCAGUAGGCCAAUGUGUUGCUAAUUAAAUUAACGAUGCAAACUCUCUGUAGAUGUAAUUAAGAAUAAAUGAAGAACAAAUGUGGUCAUUCUGAUAGAAUAUUUUUUUCCCAAGUAUUUUUUAAAUAAUUGGGAUUUCCUAUGUAAGCUUGCCCUCGAAUAUUUUAAAAUAAGUAUUUGAAGUAUUCCUUCUGUGUGUGGGGAAGGARACUGGUUAUUCCUGUGUGCAUCUGGAAAAACUGAGGUGCAGAUCUGGGGACAUGGCAGUAACUUCCCAAAUAGAUCCCAGGGAAGUAGGAAAUGGGAAGGAUAGAGGAGCUCUUGGUGAUCCCUAGGUGGAAUUUUACCUAUUUGAAGCCAGACAAACAGGUGAGUGGUGGUGAAUACUGCUUUCGACUUCUAACUAUAGGAUGAUGAUAAAAUUCCCAGUUCUGAUUUUUCUAGAAAUUUUUAAAUUUUGGUUGAUUGCCUCAGUGAAGGCAUGUAAAACCAGGGCAGGAUGAACCUGCUUUACAUAUUCUGCUGCUUUGCCUGUGAUUAAACAUUUUUGCUGACCUUUAGCCUGGCUACUUUCAACCAAAACCUGUAGAUCCACCAAUUCCUAAGGCAUUUACCAUGUMAUCUGUGAAAACAGCCUUAAUAUGGGGGGGAAGAUGGUUUAAAUCUCUAUGGUAAUACUGGGAAUCUUCUGCURUGCUGUAAAUAUCAGAGGAGGAACAUGUGCAAUAGCAGUUCAGCCUUUUCCCAGCCCACAGACGCCCUUUGGAUAUUCUCCCAAGGUAACAGGGAUGUCCCAGUCAUGGAUCCACAGCUCUGUUUAAAUCCAGAGGCACAUUGCUUCAUCCUCCCUGGAAGACAGUUGGAUCCYUCAGCCUGCACCUCUGCAAAACUAAAUGGCCUUAAAAUGGCAGAUGAGCCUAUGGAAGAAGGUGAACCAUAUUCCUACCACGAUGAAGGAAGUGUGAAAGAAAUUCCUAUUACACACCACGUGAAAGAAGGAUGUGAGAAAGCAGAUCCAGCACAGUUUGAACUACUUAAGGUUCUGGGACAGGGAUCAUUUGGGAAGGUCUUCCUCGUGAGGAAGAUAAUUGGGCCUGAUGCUGGGCAGCUUUAUGCAAUGAAAGUGUUGAAAAAAGCUUCUUUAAAAGUUCGGGACCGGGUCCGUACCAAAAUGGAGCGAGACAUCUUGGUAGAAGUAAAUCACCCGUUCAUCGUCAAACUGCACUAUGCCUUUCAGACUGAAGGGAAGCUCUAUUUAAUAUUGGAUUUUCUCAGGGGAGGAGAUGUAUUCACACGAUUAUCCAAAGAGGUUAUGUUUACAGAGGAAGAUGUGAAAUUCUACCUCGCAGAACUGGCCCUUGCUUUGGAUCACCUUCACAGCUUGGGAAUUGUGUACAGGGACCUGAAGCCAGAAAACAUUUUGCUUGAUGAAGCAGGACAUAUCAAGUUAACAGACUUUGGACUCAGCAAGGAAUCAGUAGACCAAGAGAAGAAGGCCUAUUCUUUCUGUGGUACUGUAGAGUACAUGGCUCCUGAAGUGGUAAACAGGCGAGGGCACAACCAGAGUGCUGACUGGUGGUCCUUUGGGGUCCUCAUGUUUGAAAUGCUUACUGGUACCCUGCCAUUUCAAGGUAAAGAUCGAAAUGAGACUAUGAAUAUGAUACUGAAAGCAAAGCUGGGAAUGCCUCAGUUCCUCAGCCCUGAAGCACAAAGUCUCCUGAGGAUGUUGUUUAAAAGGAACCCAUCAAAUAGAUUAGGAGCUGGUUCAGAUGGAGUUGAAGAAAUCAAGAGACAUCCUUUUUUUUCUACUGUUGACUGGAAUAAACUGUUCAGAAGAGAAAUUCAGCCUCCAUUCAAACCUGCCUCUGGAAAGCCAGAAGAUACUUUCUGUUUUGAUCCAGAAUUCACAGCAAAAACACCAAAAGAUUCUCCAGGGGUCCCACCCAGUGCAAAYGCCCACCAGCUCUUCAAGGGAUUUAGUUUUGUUGCAACAACUACUGUAGAAGACCAUAAAAUAUCACCCCUCACCAAUAUCCUGCCCAUAGUCCAGCAGCUUCAUGGAAACAGUGCCCAGUUCACUGAUGUCUAUGAACUGAAGGAAGAUAUUGGUGUGGGCUCCUACUCUGUUUGCAAGAGGUGUAUCCACAUAGCUACCAACAUGGAGUUUGCUGUGAAGAUAAUUGAUAAAAGCAAGAGGGAUCCCUCAGAAGAAAUCGAGAUUCUYAUGCGUUAUGGGCAGCAUCCAAAUAUUAUUACUUUAAAAGAUGUUUAUGAUGAUGGCAGAUUCAUCUACCUGGUCACAGAGCUGAUGAAGGGAGGGGAGCUGCUGGACCGGAUCCUGAGGCAGAAAUUCUUCUCGGAGCGAGAAGCCAGCGCUGUGCUCUUCACCAUCGCCAAGACUGUGGACUACCUGCACUGCCAGGGAGUGGUGCACCGAGACCUUAAACCCAGUAAUAUUUUAUAUACUGAUGAUUCAAACAAUGCUGAUUCCAUCAGGAUUUGUGAUUUUGGAUUUGCAAAACAACUUCGAGGAGAAAAUGGACUACUUCUAACUCCCUGCUACACUGCAAACUUUGUGGCACCAGAGGUUCUCAUGAGACAGGGAUAUGAUGCUGCUUGUGACAUAUGGAGCUUGGGAGUUCUCCUUUACACAAUGUUGGCAGGCUAUACUCCAUUUGCCAAUGGUCCCAAUGAUACUCCUGAGGAGAUCCUAGUACGGAUAGGCAGUGGAAAAUUCUCUCUAAGUGGAGGCAACUGGGACACUGUUUCAGAUGCAGCAAAGGAYUUGUUGUCACACAUGCUGCACGUGGAUCCCCACCAGCGGUACACGGCCGAGCAGGUGCUGAAGCAUUCCUGGAUUGCCUGUAGGGAYCAGCUGCCUCAUUAUCAGCUCAACAGGCAAGAUGCCCCACAUCUAGUAAAGGGAGCCAUGGCUGCUACAUAUUCUGCACUGAAUCACAAGACAUUUCAGCCAGUGCUGGAGCCYGUGGCAGCCUCCAGUUUAGCUCAGCGACGGAGCAUGAAAAAGCUCACAUCCACAGACUUAUAGAUCCACUGGGACACCUGAGCAGACACAAGCAAGGGGGAAACCCAACAAGUGGCUCUGUUUUGCCUGACCUGUGAUCAAAAGGCAUCUAUGGUUUCCUGCUACACUACUUGAAUUCUGUAAAAGUCCUUUUUUUAAAAAGAAAAGAAAAAAAUCCACAGGUUCAUACUGUGUUUGUUUUACAGGCCGUAUCUGUUAAAUUAAUUUAAACAUCAGGUACACCAUAAUGRAUUUCUCUACACUGUCCUUUGAGAUCUGUUGCAAAUAUUCUUUCACAUUCUGUAUAGUUUUGCUGGGUUCAGUUAAAAACAAAACAUGGUUUAGGGGACCGGUGCCAAUGACCAAGUUGUACAUAAAGUGUCAGUGUGAGUUUCCUUUGCUUCACAYAUUUAGACCCUGCUGCAAAGGGCAAAUUCUGAAUUUUGUAAUUGGGCACUUCAUUCAUUCAACUCAAUUCCUUCUCCUUGUCCAUGAGGUCAUGCAAAGCUGAGCAAUGUGAUGUGCCAGUGUUCACUCAUCACUGCUGGUUUGGAAGGUCUGUGUUUGCAUGGUKCCAGUGACUGAGGAGUUCCUGUGCAAAUACAAACCAAAGGGAUGUGCCUGAUCCUGCACUUCAAUUUGAUCACUUGUGASCCAAAAGAAAUGCUGGUUGUGGCCUCUAGCAGGAAAAUGACCAUUUCUAUCACAACUUGUGUCCUGCACUGAGCUGCAAAGUCAAUAUGUGCAUAAACYGUCAGAAUUAAGGCUCUCACAAGCACUGGUACCACUUCAAGACAGUAUCAUUUAUAUUUCCCAUCCUUUAGUACAACUCCUGUGCUAUUUUCCUCAGCAGCCUUUCCACUGAAUACACCCAAUAUUAGGUUUAUUUGGCAUAUAAGACAAACUGACACUUUAUUGUAACCAACUUGGCACUUGGRGUUUAUUUUUUAUUUAUUUGAUUUUUUUUUAAUAGAACGUUGCUUCUCUCUGACUCUCUUGCCGCAUGUACAAAUAUUACAGAACAGAAAUGCAAAUUUCUCUUUGCCUAACUGUAGGAGUAGCUUGGGCAAAUAAAUAAGCCUUGCAGUGUGCCCAGAUAAGGGAAUUCUGACCAAGAAAUUUCACAGUUAUGGACAAAUUCCUGUCAGCAUCCURUGGCCACCAUUCAUUCAUUCACCCUCUCUGUCUGGUAUUAGGACUUCAGCUGUUCCUAAAUACUCUGAUGGAGAGGAAAUUAAUUUCAGGGCCAGAAUUAUCUUGGUGUUUCCUGACUCAAAACCAAUGCUAACUGCUGGUAGUUCAUUCAGAGAAUACAUUUAGAAGUGUUUUCAAAAAGUUGUAGACACUGAGCAGCUGUAGUGACAUAGCAGGAUGACUUUAAAUAUUAAAUAUAUUAGUGACAUUAGACUGUGAAGUGACCAAAAGUCAAACAUAGUUCAGACUCAUUUGUCAUCAUUAAAUUUUCAAUUUUAAGACCCUGKGGCUGACAGAAAUCAGCAUUUUAAGACAGGAAAAAAAAACUUCCAAGAGAAUUCUGGCCCAGGCACCAGGAGUGAUGGUGAUAACUCAGAUCUCACAAGAGGUGUUGGCUGGUUUUUGCUUAUACCUGUGAAGGACUUGGUGGUGUUGGAAGUAUUUUUAGAUAAGCUGCUUUCUUCUGUUGUGGUGGGGGAAGAUGGACAUUAUCUGGCCAAAUAGUUAGGUAUGAAUAUAUGUAGAUUUGAGACUUAACAAUAUAGCAAACAUAGGUGUGCUCUUUGUAUCACGCAGAACAUCCCCCAGAUGGAAUUUCUUGAGUGUUUGAUAGAUGUUGGAAGCUUUAGGGGCCAUUUGUGCCUAAUUUUGAGGUGCCUGUUUGAAAUGCUUGAAAGCUUAUCAAAGAACACAACUGCUCCCUGGAAAGCUCCUUGUUCAGUACAGAAUCUGCCCCUUCUGCAGCUGGUUCAUCCUCCUUUUCCUUMCUGGAGACCUUUGCCAGCAAGAAUGCCUGGAAACCUCUUGUCUACACUCUGUCAGGGUCAUUUUUAUGUAAAUUUAAAGAUGGCUGCCAGAAAAAUUUGAAUUUAAAAAAAAAAAAAGCAAAAGUGAGGGAAAUUAAACCCCUUGAGCCCAGGUCAAGGUAUAAUGUGGGUUGAAAUGUAGUUCUAAAAGCUGUGUUGGGGAUAAGAGGUAAUGCAAGGCCUGGAACACAAUGAAAAUGUCAAACUUGAAUUGUCUUCAGCUUUCCUGUAAGGCAGUAGCCGGUCUUUAAUGGCUUUACCCAUGAAUCAUUUAACAGUGUUUCUGCUGGCAUUUUCUUUUAGCUUGCUUAGAAGCACCACAGUAUAUAAGCACCUUAAAAGCAUUUUGCACAAGAGCAGUUGGAAGCAGCUGAAGGGAUUCAAGUUAAUGUGCAGCACGAAGGUUGUGAGGGGAAAAGAACACAAACAAGGUGGAUGUUCUGAUUCAUAAUGGAGUAUUUAAAACAUCUGUAAGUUAUCCCUGUUUUGUGUCACCUCUGGCCUUUGGUGCCAGUGGUACUUCCGGGAUAAAAGCAAAGUUUUGGUGACUGCAACAUGACAAAGUUGUCUURUCGUGGGGAAAAUGUGGAUAUGUURUAUCUGACAGGCCAGUGUACCCUGGUAUGCCAAUAUUGUAAUCCUUGAUUGGGGGGAAAAAUUCCCUUGCUCUGACUAUUUCAGCAUAUCAGUCCUUGAAAUAUUUGGGAUAUGCAGGAACACGAAAGAGUUCACUUGCAGUUUACUUUUACUGUAUUUAAYGAUCAUCUUUGUGAUGCUCCUUUGGGAAUUUCUUGCCUGUUUCUCAUCCCUUUCUUUYCCAACUUAGGUUUUGAUAUCUAAAAGUAGCAUGGUCUGCUCAUGAGCUGUCAGUGAAAGGUUUGAGAUGGAGGAACAGGUAAUGGGAAUGUGCUCUGGCUGCAGUGAAAGGUUGGUGGGAAUCAUUUCAUAUCAUCUGGGCACAGUUCAAGUUUACAAACUGGUUAUGUUCUUAUUGCCUUACUGAGGAAAAAAGUAAAAUUUUCACAGACUCAUAAUUACACAGAAAUAGGCCUUCAGAGUAAAGGCACUUCCACAGAACUAAAUCUUAAAUUAUAAAAUACUUUGGCUUUGGCUUCCUGGCAGAAAAGCUCCUGCUCUUGUGUUUGGUGAUGGUCAUUAUCAGUAAGUUCCAGCUCUCUGGUGCACACAGAGCAGAUUCCCACUGGAGCUGGAGCUCCAGGACAUGUUUUGUUGUUCUUUCACAAUAUCUCAGUUUGUACCUUCAGUUAUCCUUUGGAUAAAAAGUGAGGAGCUCUGUUGUAUUUCUAUUCCAUAUCCAAAAACUCUGGCAGCAGCAUGAGCCUGUGGUGGGRAGCAGAGUGCCCUUCCUGAGAGCAUUGCCUGGCUGGCUCCAGCCAAACCACUCAGCUGUGCUUYUGCUGCUUUUUCCCAUUCUGCCCAAAAGCAGUGAAUUCCCCCUGCCCAGGAGCUUGAGGUGCAGAGCUCUGAGCCUGCUGUUGGUUUGAGGCCUCUGUUUGAAUGUUGCAGCCAAAACAGGCAUCAGAAACCUCACCCAGGUCAGUUGAGCUUGAAUUCUGUCUUCCAUUUUCAGUUCCUUUUCCAAAGSUGAUCUUCAUCUGUCCAAUAGCUGAAAUAACCUCUCACAAACUUCAGCAGGUGGGAGUUCUUGCAAUGUACUUCGAGACUGGUCUGUAGAGCUGAGUUAAAUGAAUUACACAAGGUUGUAAUAAUUCUCCUGGUUUGUAUCAGUGGAGUUAGGUUAAAAUAUCAAUGCAAACACAGGGGUUUUGUACUUCUGUAGCACUUAAGUUUUUAAGUCCUAUCCAAACUAAAAGUUUGCAAAUAUUUGUGGGAGGGGAGCAAGGAGCAGGUUUAUCUUUCUCAAAGUUUCCAGAAAGCUUCUGAAGCUGGGAUCAUAAUGGAGUCCAUAUGYAAUCCUGUAGGCGCCCUAUAGGGUUAAAAACAUAUAAUUCUCCUUAAAAGCUUAAAAUUCCAAACCCCUCUUGGGUGUGUACUGAUAGCUGUUGGUAACACCCCUGCACUUCAUUCACACCACACCAGCCUUCUGCAUCAACAUCUCUGUCCCUGCUACAGUUAUUUUUUAAAAUAUUUUUUCCCCCAAAUUAUAUUCCUUGGGAAUAGAAGAAUGGAUACARAUUUGAAAACCCCCACCCUUAAUGUAUGGCUGAAGCUGAUUAAGUAUUGUUAUAAUUUGCAUAAUUAGAAAGUCCCACCCAAAAUCAUCAGCAGCUGGUUUUUUCCUAUGUAAUGAAAGCAAACUUCCUCUGAAAGCUUUAAAAGAUACUUAAUUGAUUCUAUAUCUUAAUUAGGACUUCUUGGGCAAUGGCUUAUUACCAAUAGUGAGUUUGAAUAACCUUGAAUCCUCUUGUGGGGUUUUUCACACGAGGACUGAGGAUGCUUUAGGUGGAUCUGCUUUGCAGGACUGAGUGUUCAGGUUUGGGUGUUUUGCAUUAGGCUUUUGAGCAGUGUUUGCUAAUUAAUUAAUUGCAUUGUCAUAAUGUCCCAAGCACUUUGGCAUCUUGCACUGAUGCUCUGGUUAGAGCUGAAACUCUCCUGGCACGUGGCUAAAUCUCCAUAAAGGGCAUUAAUUGAGAACAGUGUGCAAUGAAUUCCAUGCUCUCUGAGGUACUUCAAAGAUGAAACUCUACACAAGGUCCCCGUUAUCAGAUAUUGUAACUGUCAUUUCUUUCUCUUAAGCAUAUUGUGGAUUUUGUAUCAUACUGUAUUUAUUUCAUUUAAUUUUAAAAGAAAUGUUUUCUUUAAAGCUCUGUAUAUAUUGACAUUAAAGUUUGCAUUGUA